AUGCACACGACGCCUCGAGACGCAGCGCAAGACCCAUGCUGGUUCCUCGACAGCCUGCCCGCCGAACUACGUAACGAAAUCUACGAGCUCGUCUUCAACCCAAAUCUCCAAAAGUCUCGCAUCAAUUUGUUUAAAGCAAACCCACCAGAAAAGUCGCUGCUCCUGUCCUGCAAGCAGAUUUACAGUGAGGCCAAAGUCAUGCAUCGGGACGCACACCGGAAAUACUGGAAGAAAAACGACUUCUUCAUUGACUCUGUCGGAGCUGCCGCGUACAAUGUGGAGCUUACACAUAUCCACGCCAGAGACGUCGACCAGAUCACGAAGCUCCACGUCAUCCAGGACGAAGCGGGCUACGUCGGCGAAGCUGAAGUCAGAACUAUCAGCUACACUCUUGAUGGCCAGCAUUGGAAUGUAAGACAUCACGAUGGCACUGGAGGUACGUAUAAAUUCUGCGUCUCGAUUAUUCUGCCAGCAUACCCGCGUGGUCUCCGCUUCGAUUAUUACCACGAUCAGUCGGAACGUGUGCCAUCGGCCCCAACCGCGCCUCUACAUCUACAUCUGAUGUGUCUCUUCGCGAAGACCAAGAAGUGUCAAUAUGCGUUCGUGGAGGAUAAGUUGCCUGUCUGGGGACGAUUGAGUAAGGAAUUUGUGCCUCCUGAGCGGCCACAGAUGCCACCGACGCCUGAAUUCAUCCGAAGAGCAUUGAAGAUCGAAUGA